AUGAAUAAGAUACCUACGAUGGCCUUAGCCAUUGGCAUCCCAGUUGGUUUACUGGUAACUACUCACCUAAAGUCAUUGCCAUUUGCUUAUACUGUCAGAUCCUGGUUCCUGUUGAGAGCUCUCAUUAAAAAAGCGAAACAAAACAACCUGCAACCAGAUGCAUUGUUUGCAGUUGUUAGCCAGGACCAUCGUUGCUAUUUGGAUGAUAUUGAUUAUAAUCAGCAUAUGAACAAUAGCACCUACAACAAGAUCCUGGAUUUCAGCAGAAUCCACAUUUUAUAUUCUGCAUUUGCUCGAGUCAUGAUGGAACCACAUCACCAUAUAUUUGGACAUAACGGCGGCGUUGUUACGCUGUUUAGAAAGGAAAUUCCACCUCUUGCAAAAUACAAGGUACAAAGUCGCAUCUGGACAUGGAAUGACAAGUGGUUGUUCCUUCAACAUCGAUUCUUGCUAGAGGACAGCACGGUUGCAUGCUUAGCUAUCAGCAAGAUUGUGUUCAAAAAGGUGUCUGGCAAAACAGUUCCGCCAAAAGAAGUCUUGGAGUUAUGUGGACAUAACUUUGAUGAUCCUACAAUAGAAGAAAGACGCUUACAUAACUGGGAUAUAGCUCAACAUGUAUUGAGUUUGGAUAAGAUCAGAGAUGAUCCGUAUUCAUGGUCGAGCUUAUAA